GCUUUUUUCCAACUUAUAAAAUUACGAAAACUUGGGCUUAGCGAUAAUGAAAUCCAGCGACUUCCGCCAGAGAUAGCAAACUUCAUGCAGCUGGUAGAACUCGAUUUGUCUCGAAAUGAUAUUCCGGAAAUCCCUGAAAGCAUCUCAUUUUGCAAAUCAUUACAGAUAGCAGACUUCAGUGGAAACCCUCUUACAAGGUUGCCCGAAAGCUUUCCUGAGUUACAGAAUUUAACAUGUCUCUCUGCGAAUGACAUCUCUCUUCAAGCACUACCUGAAAAUAUUGGAAACCUCUAUAACCUGGCGUCACUGGAAUUAAGGGAGAAUCUAUUAACGUAUUUACCUGA